UAUCCUGUAAACUAUUAAACUAGCUUGGAUGUGUUAUCCAACAUUGGAUCACGUACUGUGCCUGGUGUUGAAUUAAUAAGACUGGAACAGCCCUUGGUCACUGCUGCACACUAAAUCUGAAUGAGAAUGUGACAUAAUCUCACUCUUGCAUUAUUCAUGGGGCGGCAGAGAGACAGGGGGAGCCAGCGAGAAAGUGCAUCAUCCCUCCCUGUGAUUGUUUCAUCAACAGAUGAGCCCACCUGUUUCCCUCUCUCCCUCUCUCACACCAUCUCUCCCUCUCGCACUCGUCUUCUCACCCGCUCCCUCUCUCUGGUCUGCUGUCUGUCCUCACAUCCUGUGGAUCUCUGCGAAGCCGAUGAGUGAGUUUCUCUCGGGGAGGAGGAAGGAGAGGGGGCGGCGUGUAUGAUGUUGUGGAUCUGCAUUCAAGCUGUGACUGUGCUUUCCAUUCGCACUUAAUCUGUCAAGAUUUCUCCCCUCCUCACACAUGAGCUCGGUGCAGAAGUACACUGGCACCAUUGGGUACAGAGAGAGAGUGAGCAAGAGAAAAGGGAGAGACAGAAGGAGAGAGAGAGAGAGAGAGAGAGAGCGGUGGUGUGUGCCUCAGACUGCGCAGUGAUGCCUCGGCAGCUUCGGGAACCAGGCGCAUGUUCCUUCCACUAAUCGCCUCUUCUUCCUUCUUCCAGGCUUCGGACAAGGAGAUGCAGACCAUAAGGAUCUCCAGCGGUCUGUCAGGGCUGCAUGGGAAACUUAACCUCAGACCCAAGCAGGAAUAAGAGGAAUCCCUGUUAGGGAACCGAGAAUACAUACACAGACCUUCAUGAGAGGUGGUCUACUGCGAAAAACCAUGAAAAAGAUAUACAUUGGGAAAACAGCCCUUAAAACACCUCGGAAUGGUUGUAAACAUCAGAAAAAGAGCUCUCUGCAGGAACAGAAGGAAGACCUGCGCAAACGUCUCUCCUACACCACUCAUAAGCUGGAGCUUUUAGAGCGGGAGUUUGACUCCACGAGGCAGUACCUGGAGACCGAGCUGCGCCGAGCCCAGGAGGAGCUCGACAAGUUCACCGACAAAUUACGCCGAAUUCAGAGCAGUUACUCAGCACUGCAGAGGAUCAACCAGGACUUAGAGGAUAAAAUCCACCGAAAUUCACAGCACCACGAUGAUGAGAAACGGGCUCUUAGCAGAGAAAUCAUCGUCCUUAACAAUCAUCUCAUGGAGGCUAAGAUGACCAUUGAGAAACUGAGAGAAGACAAUGACUUGUACAGAAAGGACUGUAACCUGGCUGCACAGCUCUUGCAGUGUAAUAAGUCGCAUUACAGAGCCCAGUUAUCUGAGUUGCCUGCAGAGUUUCAGGAGCGUGUAAGCUUGCACAUGGAGGGGUCUUCACUCUGCCACUCCCCAUAUGCUGACACAGUGCCUGCCUCUGUCAUUGCUAAGGUCCUGGAGAAACCGGACGAGGUCUGCAGCAGUCAAGCCUCUCGCUCACCCAGCCCACAACCCCAGGAACGCCAGGGCUUCCUUGUGGGCACAAGCCUUGUGGGUAGCACUGAGCGCCUUGGCCUCCGAGCUACUUACAAAUCAGACCUUUACAGCAGUGACACAGCACUUUAUUGCCCUGAUGAACGGAGACGAGAGCGCAGACCCAGCAUGGACCUCCAUGGACAGCGGACAGUGUAUGAACCCCAGAACUCCACUGAUAGCAACCCAGAAGAAGGAUCCAUGUCCCUGCAGCCCGGCUUCUCGCAGGACCACUUCCGAAAGUUUACAACUUCUGUGGGAGGAGGCUCUAGCUCUUACUCCAGCUUUAGUGGAGGAGGGUCAGAGGACAAGGGUCAGGAUCCCCCAAGCAGUGCUGCAUCUUCUCCACGCCACCAAGCCCUUUACAUGGACUGGAGGGAUGGGGGUGAAUACGAGCACAAGAGUGACUCUUCCUGGGAGAGGGAGAGUCCAAGUGCUUUUUCCAAGGGCCACACUUUUCAACCGCCUGAGACCAGCCACCAUCAGAAUGGUAGCUCCCCCAUCUACAGUAGAACAAUGUCCUCCUGUUACAGUGAACCUUAUGAGCCCCUGCCAACUUCCACCUCACCCAGCAUCACCUAUGGUGACAGCCGGCGUGGAAGUGCUUUUGCUCCUGAGGAAGAAGAGCUGGUUGGUCGGUGGAGGCAACUAAGUGUGGAAGAUCUGAGUGCCCACUCAUUACGCAGUCCUGGGCGGGCCUCACCCUACAGUUUUUCUGAGCAGCACUUCUCUGUCCGGCCUGCAAAAAUUCGCCUUGGUCCACUCUACAGUAGCUUCCAGGAGGGUACUGACGUAUACCACCAUCAUGCUGGGGUAGUAGAUCCCUUCUCUAGCCCCAGCCCUGAAUGCAGCCCAGGCCUACGCCAGCAGCAAACCCAACCUCACCUUUACCACUCCAAGGAGGAUAGCCAAGAGUCCGAGCACAGCCUCUACAGCCCCAAGGAUGGUGGGGUGGCAGCCGGGGGCCAGGUUACAGAGUACGUUGACGUUAGUCCCAACAGUUCAAAUGAGUCACUUGACCAUGGAUCUCUGGAGAUGGCUGCUGAGCUACAGCAUUACCAACCCGAGAGGCACAGCGUGUCCCCUCAGGGAACAACCCCACCACCUCCUCCACAACAGCCAUACCAAAAAUUUGGCACACUAGGGCUGUCACGUAAGGACAGUCUCACCAAGGCACAGCUCUAUGGUACUCUACUAAACUAAGAGCAGAGUUUCUUGGUUACACUCUUUUACAGUCCUGUGGCUCUCUACUAAACUAAGAGCAGAGUUUACUGGUUACUCUCUCUGACAGUCCUGUGGUACUCUACUAAACUAAGAGCAGAGUUUCCUGGUUACUCUCAUUUACAGCUCUGUGGUACUCUACUAAACUAAGAGCAGAGUUUCCUGGUUACUCUCGUUUACAGCUCUGUGGUACUCUACUAAACUAAGAGCAGAGUUUCCUGGUUACUCUCGUUUACAGCUCUGUGGUACUCUACUAAACUAAGAGCAGAGUUUCCUGGUUACUCUCGUUUACAGCGAUUUGGUACUCUACUAAAUUAAGAGCAGAGUUUCCUGGUUACUCUCUUUUACAGCUCUGUGGUACUCUACUAAACUAAGAGCAUAAUGUCCUGGUUACUCUUUUACAACUCAACGGUACUUUACUAAACUAAGAGCAGGGUUUCCGGGUUACUCUCUUUUGUCAGUAGGUUUUGAAUGUUUAAGCUACAGUUUGAGCCAAACACAUGAUGGGAUUUUCUGUUGAAUAUUUUCAGUCCAUCAGCUCUCUUAUAAUUUUUCUCUCUAUUUCUGUAUCUGUUACAGUGUUUUCUAAACAUCGAACAUUAAUUGCUCAUGUUUCUACAGUUGAUAUGAAGCUCUAACAUUCAGCACUAUUUGUAUAGCCUAUUUUGACAGUUUAUUAAUGGUUCUGUGUGGUUUGUGAGAAAGUAUUUUAAGUGCAUUAGCUGCAUUAUGAAUUUUUGGAAACUUGUCUAAAGAGAGAGAGAUUUACUUUAUUUUACCAAAAGCCUCCUGGGCUCAUAAAGGUUUGUGAAUGGACAGCACAUGCUAUGUAAAAAGAAAUGCUAAUUUUGACAAGAAAAUUGAUCUUUUAUUAUAUAAUUUAUGAAUAGCUGUAUUUAUUGUUAAGUAUGCUAUAUCUAUAAUUGUUUAAAUGUAACACUAUGGAGAGAUUCAAAAAUCUAUAUAAUUGUAAAUAAUUUUUUAUUGCUAUAAAUAAGGCAAUCAGCACAAUUAUACAAGCUGCAAACACUUUAACAUGCCUCUAAUGAAGUUAAAUCAUGGUGACAAUUUGAGAUUAAUGAUCCAGUGACAAAUUGUUCCACAGGUUUGUGGGCGAGACUUUUUU